AUGGAAUGUCAGCAACCAAAACAAGCAGCGACAAACUCUGUGCCAUCCAACUCAACCAUGAAUGAUUCAAGAGACGAAUGUCUGUCUGAUGAUGACAACGUAUUCCGGAAACCCCCGAGUAAACUUCACAAAGUAAUUAAGAAACCAGACAUCAAGAAUGUUCCAGUUAGCCACAAAUUUUCCUCGGAAAAAAGUUCCUGCACACUUGACGAGUCCAACCGUAUUACGAAUGUCAAUAGUAGCUUACUCCAACCAUUCUGUGAUGAAAACAUACCCAAAGAACCUUCACCUAAACUUGGCAAAGGAGAUGAAAAACAAAAGGUCAAGGGCACCGUGGCCAAUUGUAAAUUUUGCAACGCCUCUUUUUCCCGUAAAAGUUCCUGCAAACGCCAUGAACCUAAUUGUCGUUCAAAUCCUGAAAAAAGCCACCCACAAUUUUCUUGCACGUCAUGCGGAAAACAGUUUUUCAGAAAAGAACACUUGAGAGAUCAUUUAAAGUCUGCGUGUAAUUCUGAACCUCAGUCUAAAUCAACGAUUUGUAAGUUUUGUAACUUUAAGUUUACCAAAAAAGUCAAUCGUGUUCAGCAUGAGAAAAGAUGUAAUCUAAAUCCUGAGCAACGCCAGCCAACAUUUCAAUGUGCUCAUUGCGAGUCAGUGUUUCACAAGAAAUUUAACUUAAAACAGCAUGUCAAGAACUGUUCUUCGGAAAAACCUCAAAAAGCUAGAAGCAAAAAUCCAUGUUUGGUGAAAGACUGUAGUGCCUCUUUUGUCCAUAAAACAGAAUUGAUCAACCCUUUCUCCUUGCAUCAUAAAAAUGAGGUAACUAUUAAGCCAGCGGUGUUCAAAACUUUCUCCUCAGUUGAAGAGUUUGAAGAGUGGAAAGAACAGGAAGAGGAAAAUACUUUCUCAUACUUCACUGCAAGAAGAGGCCAAUCAUCUAGCUCUUCUAGGCAUUUCUAUUGCCAACAUGAUGGGUCCGGGAAGUUACAUGGGAAACAACGGAAAACGAGUAAACGCAGAAAUUUACCGAGAAUAAAAGUCGGUCAUUUCUGCAUUGCUAAAAUUAAAAUGACCGUGGCAAAUGACAAAACAGUCAAUGUUGUCUACCACCCAACACACAGCCAUUCUUGUAAGUUGGAGGACCAACUCCAUCAUCCAAUUCCUGCAGCGAUGUCCAAGUUCAUUGACAGGAAAUUAGCAGAAGGGAUACCCCCUAGUGUUGUCUAUGCACUUGUAAAAGAUUAUUUCCAGCCAGUGAAUAAUCCCAGUGCCCUAAAGGGCAGGGUUAGUAAUCUCACCCGAGGCAUAGUUUUAAAGCGAGGCAUGCGAAGGCGCAUGGAACGACGACUGGACAAAGACGAUGCAAAGAGUGUUUUUUUGCUGGCAUCACAACAUGCUGAAAAGGACGAUUCUGUUUUAAUUUAUAAGCCGUUGGGUCACCAAGUAGUUUAUGGACCCGAAGGCAUCUACAACUUGCCAAAUGCAGAGGAUUUGUUCAUGUUUGGCUUUCAGACAAGUAGUCAAUUAGCAUUGAUGAGGAAGCAUUGCUCUAAAAUACUGAUGGUGGAUGAGACCCAUGGCACUAAUCAGUAUAAAUAUACACUCCUCACUGCAAUGGUAAUCGACGAAAAUCACCGUGGCUGGCCAGUCGCCCAUUUAAUAACCAGUAAGUCCGAUGCCGAGACCCUCCAGUUCUUCUUUUACUCCUUACCAGGUUAUCUGAAGUCGCCAGAUAAUGCUGAAAAUCAGCACUUUUCUUCAAGUAAACCCAUAUUAAAUAUUCACAUUUUGUGGCACAACCUGCGAGUUCCUAAAACUCAUGGCUUCAUCAAAAAAUAUAAAAAUAAUAAGGAUGCAGAGCAGUAUCUGGCUUACCUGGACUCAUACUACUGGGGCAGAGCCACAAAAUGGUGCAUGUGCUACCGCAAUUUCCCUCAUGGCAACGUCAAUACAACAGGCCAUCUUGAGUCUUUCCACAACAGACUGAAAACUAAUUUUCUUGGGAGACUAGCCAACAAAAGGCUAGAUGAUCUAAUUAGUUUACUUUAUGAUAUAGCAUGGUACGAUGAGCAAACACGUUGUAACGAGGCCAUGAGGGGAUUUGCGGUACAACCCCAAAAAAUUUUGGAAAGGCAUCGAAAAGGUCUGCUGUUAGAGGAUGAUGUUCUUGAGGAGCAAAUUUCUGAAAAUGGGCUUUGGGAAAUAAAGGCAGGAAGCGGCAACGGUACAUAUUUCAUCUCCAGAAAUAUGGACUCUUGCGAGCAUGACCUUUGUUUCACAAAGUGCACCAAAUCAGAAUGUCACAGUCUAUGUGCUCAUCUCUUUUGCUGUAGCUGCCCAGACCUUCAUCCUCUCUGCAAGCAUGUGCAUAAAUUGCAGUCAGUCCUAUGCAGGAACUUGCCAUCCACCUCUUCCCAGGAAGAUUUUUACAACCUCCCAAAUGCACAGACCGCAAUGGCUGAGGGUGAUGAUCAGGGCAUUAACAUGGAAACCACAGGAGAGUCCUCCUCUUCCGUGGAAAGAAGAAAAAGAGCUACCUGGGAAAAGAUAGAAGGUCAUUUUUCUAUUCUUCAAAACUUCAUGGCUAAUGGCCCAGAAAACAUCUCCGAGCAUCAGCUCCGUCGAGUGGCGGCUACUCUAUCAGACCUGACAUCUUCCCUAAAACCUGAGGAACCAGACAUACCAGUGCCUCAAAUGGAGCCAACAAUGACUUUUGCUCCCAACGAAAAAUUGAAAACUCAGUUAUCCCAGCUUGCCCCCUUCCGAAGACCUCCCAAGAGGCGUCGGACUGAUGAGCGAUCAUCCCUUGCGGUCAAGAAGCAACAGGCAAUUGAAACUCUGUCCGAAUUCGCCGAAAAACCCGACUCACCAGAAGCCAAUACAGCCGACUCAACAGAAUCCGAAGAACUCGACUCAUCAGAAACCGACCAACCUGUUGAAGAAGGGUCAAAAAUAUAAGUUUCUAGUUUUUCAUCUUAAACACCUUCCAAAACUUGGUAGAGGUAUAAAGUCGAAUUUUCAGGUCAUACAUAGGGUGUUCAAACGUAAUGCACGUUUCCGUUUUUUGAGCGAACGGAAACAGCUAUCAAUUUGCGGUUUGCGUGUGCUUAAAGUAGACGUAAUUUCUAAUAAAACAAUGCCAAUAGCAGCUCUCAAACUUAAAAAUUGACUGAGGUCCA